CUACAGAUGCAACACACAGAAGUCAGGGCAGAAGACAAUGCUUCUACUGUGACACAUUUUCUCCUCCUGGGAUUCUCUGACCUUCCCAACAUCCAAGGUUUUCUGUUUGGAAUGUUCUCCAUAAUGUACUUGAUGAUCUUGAUUGGAAAUAGCUUCAUAAUUGUGAUAACUAGAAUUGAUCCUGCAUUACAAAAGCCUAUGUAUUUUUUCCUGGCAAAUUUUUCUUCCCUGGAAAUCUGUUAUGUAUCAGUAACUCUCCCGAGGAUUUUGUUCAACAUUAGUACUCAAGACAGAAGCAUUUCUAUGUUGAGCUGUGCCACACAAAUGUGUUUCUUCCUUAUGCUUGGAGCCACGGAAUGCUUUCUCCUGGCUGUGAUGUCCUAUGACCGCUAUGUGGCUAUUUGCAACCCACUAAACUAUCAUCUAGUCAUGAACCCAACAAAGUGCACUCAGCUAGCAGCAGGAUCCUGGCUCGGUGGCAUCCCAGUACAGAUAGGACAAACCUGUCAGAUAUUCUCUCUACAUUUCUGCAAUUCUAACAAAAUCAACCAUUUCUUCUGUGACUUACCACCCAUUCUCAAACUGGCUUGUGGGGAUACUUCAGUGCACGAGUUAUCUGUAUACUUAGUGGCUUCACUGUUUGUUGCUUUCCCUUUUAUGUUGAUACUUGCGUCUUAUGCAAAAAUCAUUACCACCAUUCUGAAGUUGCCAACAGCCACAGAAAGGGCAAAAGCCUUCUCUACAUGUUCUUCCCAUUUGCUUGUGGUGUUUUUGUUUUUUGGAUCAGCAACUAUUACUUACUUGAGGCCGAAGUCCACUCAUUCUCCAGGAACUGACAAACUGCUCUCUCUGUUCUACACCAUUGUGACCCCCAUGUUCAAUCCCCUGAUAUACAGCCUUAGGAACAAGGAUGUGAUUGCUGCACUGAGAAAACUGUUACUUAGAAAAUAA